UUUUCAUAGUAUCAGUGUUUUUGUCAACUUUCUGUUUCUGUCUCGACCUUUUUGUGUAUCGAUGAGAUUUGAUAUCAGAUAGGGAUACAUUAGUUGCUUUUUUUUAGCAGAGAAAUUCUGGAUUUUGAACUGGUGAAGUCUUUUCGCCGCCAUUGCUUUCAUUCUGUGUGACUCUUCUCAUCAUAUUCAUCUGGAAUUGUUGAUAUGAGAUAGAAUAGAGGCCAUCAUAGACAUUUCAUUAGACUCUAGUCAUACUCUGCUGUUCGUCUCGAGAUUAGAUCUAAAAUCUAGAUCUAGAUCUAGAUCUAGAUCUACUCUCAAAUUUAUUAUAAUUACUCCUGAUUUUAGAGAUCGACAGGAAUUAUUAUUGGACCCUUCUAGAAAUCUAGAUCUAGAUCUAGAUAUCUAUUUUCCAUUCUCUAGAUUCCAGAUGUAAGGCUUUUCAUUUUUUGUGAGGACGUCACUGAAACUGAAUGGAUGGCCAGGCGAACUUUUGUCUCCAAAUUUCGCCUGCUUCUGCUUGGCGUGAUUGUCACUUUCUUGGUAGCUGCUUUUUAUGGAUUUAGCCUUGUACAGAAUGGCUCACUUUUGAAUUGCCAAUGUUCUUCCACAAAGACAAGUCAAGAUGUUGGUGUUGAAGAUGUCAGGAAAGGUGGUUCCGAGGAAAAGCCUGAUACAGGAGAGGACCACAAGCUUUGUAUCCUGGUUCCAUUCCGAGACCGUUUUGAAGAGCUUUUGGAAUUUGCCCCAUUUCUCGGAAAAUUCUUAGAGCGACAGAAAGUUAACCACAAAAUUGUGAUUAUUAAUCAGCUUGAUAAAUACAGGUUCAAUCGUGCUUCCCUGAUCAAUGCUGGAUUUCUCCACACACGCCAUGACUGUGACUACAUUGCCAUGCAUGAUGUGGACCUCCUCCCCAUGAAUGAUGAGCUGAGCUACGCCUUCCCUGAGAGUGGGCCGUUCCAUGUCGCUGCCCCAUGGCUGCAUCCGUUGUAUCAUUACAAAACUUUUGUAGGAGGAAUCUUGUUGCUUCAAAGCAAGCACUUUGAAAUGCUGAACGGAUUAUCCAACAAGUACUGGGGCUGGGGAAGGGAGGAUGAUGAGUUCUUUGUCCGUAUGAGGAAGGCAAAAUUGCAGCUGAGCAGACCAGGCAAUUUGACCACCGGCUACAAAUCCUUUAGACAUGUCCAUGACAGGAGAAAAAGACCACGAGACAGCCACAAGUAUUAUGAUCAGUGGGAGAAAACACGGCGCCUGGACAAAGAAACGGGUUUGACUACAGUAGAGUACACAGUGGACUCAGUCAGUCAGCUGACCAUUGAUGACACUGCCGUGACUGUGAUGAAUGUGUACCUGGAAUGCAACGUUGACGUCACUCCCUGGUGCCUGCAAGCGGAGGAUCAUCCAUGGUAUGAGAAGAGAAAGGAGGCGCAAGCCAAAGCUUCACAAAAACAGCCAACACAGACAUAAGGGCCUCGGUAGAAGUGCAACAGCCACAGCUUCUCGAGAAGAUGAAAGAAAAAGAAAUGUAUACUUACUGCAUUACACUAAAAUGGUUGGAUUUUAAUCAAAUCAGUGUUUAUGUUGAGGUUUGUU